AUGAGCUCCCCGCCCGGCCAUACCCAUCUGGAUGGCCAUGACGCUGAUGGCGCCUUCNCCUUUCCACACCACCAGGACGCCAAUCAGGACCAUGAAGACUCGUUCUUGACGACCGACGAGACCGCGAGCCGUGCCGCCAGCCCCGUGUUCUUCCCAGACCAAUCCGUCCGCUCCCUCGAAGAUGAACUUGGUCAACAAGACAUUGACGAAGUCGACGACGUCGCUGGCCUUGGUCCACAAACCCCCGACCUCGCUAGCCCUUCCGAGUCUGCUUCUAUCCCUGAUGACACUCCCUCUGUCCAAGGCUCUGUAGCCUCUUCGAUACCCAUCCGCCGUCCUCGCCUGAAUCCGCGUGCCUCGACCAACUCUCCUCGAACCCCUUCUGGUGCCCUACAACCCUUUGAGCGACGCUUCAGCUCUAGGUUCACCUCGCCCUCGCCUUCGCCACGUGCUGCCUCUCCUGCCUUCCNNCUGACCCCGCACUCUCGCCAAUCCUCGCUCUCCUCUCAGAUUGUCCUGUCGCAAGGUGGUAGUGAUAUUGCAGAUGCUCCAGAUGCUCCUUGGGAAGUUGUACGAUGGACAAGAUUACGGAAAAUCACUUCUCAGGCUUUCUCAGAAGCCGGUAGACGUAACUUUGGUACCCCCGUCUGUCUGGCCGUCUCGUCUUCCAUAACCAUUGGCACGUCAAAAGGUCUGAUCCUGGUCUUCGACUACCAUCAGACCCUGAAGGGCAUCAUCGGACAAGGUACAAAAGCGGUCGAGUGUGGCGCUAUCACCGCUUUGGCUAUUUCUGCCGAUUACUCUGCGAUAGCCGCCGGUCAUGCCACAGGCCACAUCUUUACCUGGGAACUCGCCCAUCCUGCUAAGCCCUUUNUGCACAUUCCGCCCGUACCGAGGGAUGGUCAAUCGCACUCUCCAGACGGUCACGUACCAGGUCGUUCAGUCUUACAUAUAGGCUUUCUUGGUACUCGUCGUACCGCUCUGGUGUCUGCUGACGACGGUGGUAUGGCCUUCUCUCACCUUGCAAGUCGUGGAAUGGGUGCCAUCUCUCGUUCUGUCAAGACCACUCGCUUGCUUGGACGCUACCCCGCUCCUAAUCUGCAAGAAGAAGCACGAAUCAAACCUAGUUCUGUGCUUGCUUUCGCACCACUUCCUCUAGGAAACGUCGAGCAGGCUACUGAUGCCAUGGGACUUACAGCUCUACUAACACCAUAUCUGCUUGUCAUCGUGUCCACUACACCAGUUGCACAAACACAGCAUAAGGCUCCAAGACCAAAAUCAAUAUCACGCCACAGUGCCAUGAGUGGCUGUCUCGCUUGGUUCCCAGCUGUCAAGUUAAAAAGCAGCAACAGCACAACCGAGCGGGACACUUCAGAAACCAAACUCGUUUAUUGUUGGUCAAAUGUUCUGACAGUACUCGACGUUGACGUAAGGGUGUCACAAGAUCCAGCCGACAAAGAUAAGCCUCCCACUCUGUCCUUCCUACCAAGGAGUACUUGGGAGUGUGAAGAAGCUAUUGUCGCAGUUCAGUGGCUCAGUCGAUCAGUUAUCGGCGUGCUGACCAUCAGCCAACAGUUGAUUAUCAUAGAAGAUGGCGAGUUACAUGUCAUGGACUCGGUGGAUCUUCUGCACAGGCAAAUACAUCAUCGUGAUAUCUUCUCGAAGCAGCUGCAUCCUGUCGUUGAACAGGCCGAUAAUGAACACUCGGAGAUGCACGGAGUCGUUGCAGAUGCUUUCUAUCAGAGUUUCAGAGUCUACAAGAACCGCCUCUUUCUCCUUGGAGCAAGCGAUCUUUCAGUCGGUACUCUCUCAAAUUGGGCGGACAGGUUGACUGCAUUGAUCGAACAUGGCGACUACAUCGCAGCUAUACAGCUUGCCAGAGCAUACUAUACUGGACAAGCUGGUGGUGUCACAGUGGGCUUACCAGAUAAUGCAGAUGCCCGACAUGAGCUGGUCAACGGGAGACUACUGGAACUCAUGUCUGCGUCCAUCCUCUUCUCUUUCUCAGAAAACAACAACAGUGGGCGACCGCUGUCAGAUCUUGUGGCGGAGUGUUUUGAUGCUUGUGUAAGCAUGGACAACCAAAGCUUCUUAUUUGAUGAUAUCUAUGAGCCACUAAGAGAUGCUGGCCAAAGAGAGGUGUUCCUCGAGAUCCUACAAUCAUACAUCAUGGACGAAGAAGUUACAGCUUUGCCACCGCCAUUGGUGAAAGAUCUGGUAGAGAGUUGCACUGCGAAGAAUCAGGUCGCUCACUUAGAAGAGCUCUUGUGUCGGCUGGAUCCGCGCACAUUCGAUUUGGACCAGAUCACCACCCUUUGCAAAACACAUUACUUGUACGAUGCGUUAACCUUUGUCUGGAACGAGGCAUUGAACGACUACGUUACUCCGUUGUCUGAUCUGUUGGCACUCCUGCGGGAUGUCAAAGACGUUCAAGAUCAAACGGAGGAAGCAGCAUUGGAGUCGGCUGUAAAGGUGUUCCCCUAUCUUGCAUUUAUCCUGACAGGAAGGAAGUACCCACAAGGAGACUUCCUCGAUGACGAAAAAGCCGACACUCAGAAAGGAAACAUCUACCGCUAUCUGUUUUCACACGAAAUCACUGCAUGGCCUCCAGGAUCUUCCUUUAUCUUGAAGACCCGACAAAAUUCCUCAGAUGAACCUGCCUUCCCUUAUCUACGACUUUUGCUCGAGUAUGACUCGGCAAGUUUUAUGAGCAUGAUGACGGAAGCCUUCGAAGACCCCUAUCUCAACGACUCUCAAGAAGACGAUACCACGGCUGUUCAACCACAGACAAAUGGUGCUGGUUUGAAAAUCACCCGACAGUAUAUCGUCAGCGUUCUGCUCGACAUCAUGUCCUCAGGUGAUUUUGUACCCGAGCAAACAAUUUAUCUUGACAUGUUCAUCGCAAGAAACCUGCCAAAAUACCCCCAAUUCAUGGUGUUGUCAAGCUCCUCACUACACCAAGUACUCGACCGACUUUGCAGCUUCCGUGAGGACGACUUGGUCGAUGACUGUCAACUCAGUGCCGAGUACCUUCUAUCUGUAUAUCAUCCUCCUGUCACGACUUCGCUUAUCGAACAGCUUCGAGAUGCCCAGUUCUACCGCGUCCUCAAGACACUUUACAGAACCGAACAUAGGUCUGUCGAUCUCAUCACCACAUACUUCGAAGAUCCGCAAGGGAAGAAUGGUAUAUUCGACGAUCUAGCGUACGCUCUACAAGAGUCGCAUGACAAGCGAGCAACCCAGUUGAAGGACGUCUUGUGCGAACACGCUCAAGAGUUGGCAUCUAUCAACACUUCAAAGACUGCAAACACACUCGCGAGAUAUGCCGAUGACGUUCUAGAACGUUUCGUCGACGCUAUCGAGGAGUCGUAUACUCGGUUCCACUUCUUACGUACAUUGCUUGAGCCUUCCCUGCUCGACAAUCGUUCGAAGAAGGGUACAAGCGAGCCGGUAGCAGAAGCUCUAGUGUCACGCUUCUGCGAACAAUACGUUGAGCUCAUGUGUGUCCACGACCCACGACACGUGGCUGACUAUGUCGGACUAUUGAGGUCUGGCGAUCUGGACCUUGACCGUGUACUUCCGUCAAUGGAAGAGAAUGGCGUAAUCGAUGCAGCAGUUCUGCUUAUGGCUCAGGACGGGUUGGCGAGAGACGCUAUAGCUCGACUCUGCAAGCAUUUACGGACAUUGCAGAAUGCCAUCUGCAGUCUGAUCGAAACUGCAUCAGAAGCGCCAGACGUACAAAGCACAGAAGAAGCCACCGAUGACCUGAUAGAAGCCGUUGAGAAGUACACACGUCUAGGCAUCUGGCUCUGCAACGGACAAAGCGCAGCAAUGCAUCAACACCGCCAACCACGUCAACGCACGAACGUCGCUUGGGACAUCAAGGAAGACGAUCUUGAGCUGGAUGAACUGCUCUGGCUAAAUCUCAUUGACGCCAUCGUCUCUGUGUCCAAAUCUGUAACCGCAGCGACCAAUGAUCUUGUGGAUGACACCUCCUUCGACAUUGACAGAACAAACAAUGCUCUCCGCGGUACCGUCCAACAAACCUUUACAGCCCUCCUUGGCGCCACUUCAACCACGAUCACAAAGUUUGAUAAUGAAGAUGAGCAACAUACUACAUCUCGUCGCGGUCAACACAACCAAUCCUUCCUCUACAUCUUCCGCGCAUUCCUCUCCCGCGCGUCUUCCUCCUAUGCACCCACCCUCUCCGAUCUUCGCGCCGUCCUCCUUGACGUCUUUGCAGCUUACGCCCAUGAGUCAUCUGUUCUAAACUUGGCCUCUUCACUCCUCGACGUCGAUGUCUUUGCAGAUAUGGACAGCAUCCACAGCCUACGAAAUCGAGGCUGGCGCACCCAAAUAUGCGAGCUUUGUAAGAAGCGUACUUGGGGCACGGGCGUAAGUGCCGUGGAGCACGAUCACGAAGCCAUUUGGGAAGAGUUUGAAAGGCUGGACGAGCAGAGGAUAGCCAAGAAGAUUGAGAAGACUCGACCACAAGAUAACGGCAAAGGCAAGUCCGCGGUGAUGGNNGGAUGUGGUAGAAGCAAAGAAAGAGAAGAAGUGGUUAAGAAGAUGACAUUGGUGGUAUUUGCUUGUAGGCAUACUGUGCACAGGGUUUGUCUCGAGAUCGAAAUGGCUGGGGAUGGCAACGCGAGUGAGGACGAGAGGAGUGGAUAUUCUUGUCCUGUGUGCCAUGAGCAAUAG